AAUUUAUGGAGGUAUUCUUGGUUUAAUAAAUUUUGGAUGGCGAUACUGGGGUAGUUAUAGUGCACUACCAUUAACACACUCAAAAAAUCCAGUUAUUGCAAGUAAUAUAAUAAGUGAGAAACAAAAAACCGACGUCCGAUACAUUUUACCAUAUCUUACCCAACCAAGUGCUAAAAGAAGUCCAAAGCAUAAGGAUGCAAUCAAUAAAUUCUUAUUUUG